GUUCGUCCUACCUCCGCUGGCCAGGACUUCUCUCCCGCAAAUCUACUCGCCUUAAUACGAAUUCGAGUCCGAAGAGGAAAGGCAGCAACCGCUGCUUACAAACCUAUGGAGAAGUAACCAUGCUGAGCAAUGAAUGUGUCCUUUGCUCUGUGGUUAACGACGGAUAAUACCUGGAUUUGUCCGUUUGUUCUUAUUUUAUAUUUUUAGGACAACUCUUCAGCUGAACGGAGGCUGACUCAUCACGAAGAGACAAGCGCGUGCGGUCUAUUCAUCACUGUCCUGGGUCGGCCAGUUGCGUCUGCAUGUCCAGCUAAACGACAUUUCACUAGAUGUAAUAUUCUGCAAUGUCAAGUCAAAUUGAGAAGUCGGCUGAUUGAAACAUAUAUGGAUGUGCGAAAUUGACGAGGCGUUGUAAGAUAGCAAUUUUUUUCUUUAUUUUUUUCUGGAAUGACAAGGAAAAGCAGAGCCAGUCGCCCACUUGUCAAGUUGAAAAUUCUUUUUUGGGAGUGUGAAAGCCUGUCAGAUCUUAUGGGAGUCAUCUUAUGGCGAUCAGACUGAUAAUUCCAGCGCAAGGAUGCAGCUACCAUGGUAAAAACUAUGCUCACUGACUGUAUUUUUCCCCAUGUGUAAACGCAUGUUGCGAAAUAGACAGCAUUGCCAAGAGCUGCGACACAUAAGACAAUGAGCAUAAUGCAAUUAUUGUCGAAAUUAACGCAGUUGUUCAUUUUUAUGUUGCUCUAAUAUGCAAACGUGUGUGCACUUUUUGCGGGUUCAUUAAAAAAAGUGUCUCAUAGGUUACAGAAAGUUAAUCCUGAAUGUGUGUAUGUAUUAUAUGCGUUUAGAUCUAAUAUAGACGUUCAUCCAUGUCAUCUGUUAUAAUGGAGUACACAAUCGGCACAUGGUCAUUGGACCAUUCAUAUUUGGCAACUCAGCUUUGUAUUUGGCAAUGAAGCAAUCUUUUUCAUUAAUAUUGAACGUAAACGUGUUAUUCUGAAAUGAUUUGCAUCGUUUGCCGAAUUACUGUAUGUAAAAGGCCUACGAAAAUGCGUGCAAGUUUAUUGCCCGCAAUUGCACUCUUAUUCAAGUCCGUCUGACACACCCCAAGGAAGACGUGUCCUUGGUACAGAAUGGAAGGCAGAAGCCUCUCUUCAAACUCUUAAGUGGUUGUGUGAACAAAUAAACCGAACAGCAUCGACGACCAUUGGAAAAACGCAAUGGAAUUGUCCGAAGUUCGAUGCUCGAGUGCCAGCGAGGAACUGUACACCAUUAACAAAACUCCAACCAGCAACAGCAGCACGAGACCCAAAAGGCUGCUCUGGCAAAACGCCGUGAGACAUAUAACCGAGCAGCGCUUCAUUCACGAGCAAAGUAGCGCGAAAUCCACGACUCCCGAGGACUCCUACGGCCAAAGCUUACGGAAACAUUCGGCUGGCAGGACUUCAGUGAGUGACAGACACAACAACGGGGGUACCAAAGUAUUCCCCGAAAGGGCCAGCAGCGAUUUGGGUUUUCUACAAAUUGACUGCGCCCCAAGCAAUUCCGACUUUUUUCUGAACUGGGGCUACACGUACAGGGGUGUAAUUUUCCCCACCUUAAGAAAUUCCUUCAAAUCGAGGGACCUCGAACGUCUUUAUCAACGCUAUUUUUUGGGUCAGAGACGCAAAUCGGUAGUCGUAAUGAACAUACUGGACGUGGUGACGAAGCUCACCCUUUUGGUUCUACACCUGACUUUGGCUUCGGCGCCGAUGGACCCUAUAAAAGGCAUGCUAUUGGGGUUCUUCACUGGUAUCGAGGUAGUGAUCUGUGCCUUAGUGGUGGUUAGGAAAGACACGACCUCUCACAGCUAUUUGCAAUACAGCGGCGUGGUGACUUGGGUGGCUAUGGCUACGCAGAUUUUGGCAGCUGGUCUGGGCUAUGGGCUUCUUGGAGACGGGAUCGGAUACGUACUUUUCACCCUCUUUGCCACUUACAGUAUGCUUCCUUUGCCGCUUACAUGGGCAAUUCUGGCAGGAUUGGUCACGUCGGCUCUUCACAUUGUUGUACAACUGGUUAUCCCCCAAAACGCACAAAUAUCUACAAAUCAGUUGGUGUCCCAGGCGGUGCUGUUCAUGUGCAUGAACACAGCAGGCAUGUUCAUCAGCUACCUGUCAGAUAGGGCCCAACGGCAGGCCUUCCUGGAGACCAGGAGGUGCAUUGAGGCCAGGCUCCGGCUAGAGACGGAGAACCAGAGACAGGAAAGGCUGGUACUAUCUGUUUUACCUCGGUUUGUGGUGUUGGAGAUGAUUAAUGACAUGACAAAUGUGGAAGACGAGCACCUCCAGCACCAGUUCCAUAAGAUCUACAUUCACCGCUAUGAGAAUGUCAGCAUUCUUUUUGCAGACGUGAAGGGUUUCACCAACCUCUCCACUACCCUGUCUGCACAAGAACUGGUCAGAAUGCUCAACGAGUUGUUUGCCCGCUUCGAUCGCCUUGCACAUGAGAAUCACUGCUUGAGAAUUAAGAUCCUGGGGGACUGCUACUACUGUGUGUCUGGUUUGCCUGAGCCUCGGCAGGACCACGCCCACUGCUGUGUUGAGAUGGGACUGAGCAUGAUCAAAACCAUCAGGUAUGUGAGGUCUCGCACGAAGCAUGACAUUGACAUGCGGAUUGGGAUCCAUUCCGGCUCUGUGCUGUGCGGCGUGCUGGGGCUGCGAAAGUGGCAGUUCGACGUCUGGUCGUGGGAUGUGGACAUCGCUAAUAAGCUGGAGUCGGGCGGAAUUCCAGGGAGGAUCCACAUCUCCAAGGCAGCCCUCGAUUGCCUCAAUGGGGACUACGAGGUGGAGGAGGGUCACGGGAAGGAGCGCAAUGACUUUCUGCGCCGGCACAAUAUUGAGACGUACCUGAUCAAGCAGCCGGACGAGAGCCUACUCUCCCUGCCCGAGGACAUCAUGAAGGAGUCCGUCAGCUCUGCCGACCGGCGGAGCAGCAGUGCCACCUUCACAGAGGGCUCGUGGAGCCCCGAGUUACCCUUCGACAACAUUGUGGGCAAGCAGAACACUCUGGCUGCCCUUACGAGAAAUUCAAUAAAUCUGCUUCCAAACCAUCUCGCUCAAGCUUUGCAUGUCCAGUCUGGCCCUGAGGAAAUUAACAAGCGCAUAGAGAGUGCCAUCGACUUACGGAGUGGCGAUAAAUUGAGGCACGAGCAUAUCAAGCCUUUCUCACUGAUGUUUAAAGACUCCAGCCUGGAAGAAAAGUACUCCCAAAUGAGGGACGAGGUCUUCAAGUCCAACUUGGUCUGUGCAUUCAUAGUUCUAAUAUUCAUCACGGCCAUCCAGAGCUUGCUGCCCUCUGCCAGGAUGGUAACCAUGGUGAUCCAGUUCUCCAUACUGAUCAUGCUGCAUUCUGCCCUUGUCCUGGUCACCACUGCUGAGGACUACAAGUGUCUGCCUCUGGUCCUCCGUAAGACCUGCUGCUGGAUCAAUGAGACCUAUGUGGCCAGGAAUGUCAUCAUCUUCGUCUCCAUCCUCAUCAACUUCCUUGCUGCCAUGAUCAACAUCCUGUGGUGUGAUUUUGACAAGUCUGCAACCAUCAGGAACCAGACGUACAACUCAUCGUCCUCAAUACCUGACAUAUGUUUCUACCCUGAGUACUUCGUCUUUACGGGCGUGUUGGCCAUGGUGACCUGUGCUGUAUUUUUGCGCCUGAACUCAGUUCUGAAACUGGCAAUUCUGCUCAUCAUGAUCGCCAUUUACUCCCUGCUCACGGAGGCAUUCUACACGUCGCUCUUUGUGCGCUAUGACAACUUCCACCACAACGGAGACAAAAAUUUCCUGGGGACCAAGGAGACAUCUCUUCUUUUGAUGGCGAUGUUUCUACUAGCUGUGUUUUAUCACGGGCAACAGCUGGAGUACACGGCGCGGCUGGACUUCCUGUGGCGCGUGCAGGCCAAGGAGGAGAUCAACGAGAUGAAAGAGCUGAGAGAACACAACGAGAACAUGCUGCGGAACAUCCUGCCCAGCCACGUUGCCCGCCACUUCCUGGAGAAAGACCGGGACAACGAGGAGCUGUAUUCCCAGUCCUAUGACACCGUGGGCGUGAUGUUUGCCUCCAUCCCAGGCUUCGCCGACUUCUACUCCCAAACCGAGAUGAACAACCAGGGCGUCGAAUGCCUGCGCCUCUUGAAUGAGAUCAUCGCUGACUUUGAUGAGUUGCUGGGUGAAGACCGAUUUCAAGACAUUGAGAAGAUAAAGACCAUUGGUAGUACAUACAUGGCAGUUUCAGGGUUGUCACCUGAAAAACAGCAAUGUGAGGACAAGUGGGGCCACUUGUGUGCCCUCGCUGACUUUGCCAUCGCCCUGAAUGAGAGCAUCCAGGAGAUCAACAAGCAUUCCUUCAACAAUUUUGAGCUGCGUAUCGGUAUUGCACAUGGUUCCGUUGUUGCCGGGGUAAUCGGUGCCAAGAAGCCGCAGUACGACAUCUGGGGCAAGACGGUGAAUCUGGCGAGCCGCAUGGACAGCACCGGCAUCAGCGGCAAGAUCCAAGUGCCUGAGGAUACGUACCUCAUCCUGAAGGAGCGCGGCUUCGCCUUUGAGUACCGAGGCGAGAUCUACGUCAAGGGCAUCAGCGAGCAGGAGGGCAAGAUCCGCACCCACUUCCUGCUGGGGCGGGUCCAGCCCAACCCGCUCAUCCUGCAGCCACGCAGGCUCACGGGCCAGUACUCGCUGGCCGCCGUGGUGCUGGGCCUGGUGCAGUCGCUCAACCGCCAGAAGCAGAAGCAGAUCCUCAACGAGAACAACAACUCGGGCAUCAUGAAGGGACACUACAACCGCAGGACGCUGCUGGCGGCCGCGGGGCCCGAGGCGUCCGCACACGCCCACGGUCACGCUCACGCCCACGGCCACACCGAGGCCGCCGACAAGGCGGAGCUGCCGUAAGGCUCCGCCCUCUAUUUUCUGUCCAGGUUUUUUUUUUCCGCCCAUCCGAUGUCAGCGUUCCAUUUUUUGUAUUUCUUUUAUAUAUGAAAACACAAUAAAAUUGGUUUAAUUUUUUUAUAAA